GCAGGCGGGCUGACCACAGCUAGUUCCCGGCAGGAGACCAAUCGGCAGCGCUGUUCCUUCGAGCGAGGCGUCCGCGGCAGCCCUCCUGCGAAGCCAGUCCGAAGAAGCAUGGACCUCUUCACCGACGACGUCUACGCUAAGCUCGACCCGGACUACCAGAAGGCCCUGGACGACGGUAUCCCGGAUCUGGGGCCCUUCGCGCCGCUCGACCCCAGCUACGACGCCGCAGCCAGGGAGCUUCACACGCCGCAUGCCUCCACCGGCGGCAGCACCCGGCCGUACUACGGCCACAGCAGCCAAGCGCCCUUCCGCCCGCAGCUUCCCCCGUGGACCGCGCCCAGCGCCGACUCUUCGCAAAUUCCCUACCAGGAAAUGCCAAGCCACGUGAGCUCGACAGGGCAGCGCUGUUCCUUCGAGCGAGGCGUCCGCGGCAGCCCUCCUGCGAAGCCAGUCCGAAGAAGCAUGGACCUCUUCACCGACGACGUCUACGCUAAGCUCGACCCGGACUACCAGAAGGCCCUGGACGACGGUAUCCCGGAUCUGGGGCCCUUCGCGCCGCUCGACCCCAGCUACGACGCCGCAGCCAGGGAGCUUCACACGCCGCAUGCCUCCACCGGCGGCAGUACCCGGCUGUACUACGGCCACAGCAGCCAAGCGCCCUUCCGCCCGCAGCUUACCCCGUGGACCGCGCCCAGCGCCGACUCUUCGCAAAUUCCCUACCAGGAAAUGCCAAGCCACGUGAACUCGACAGGUUACCGGCCGCAGAACGCGGGGGAUCAGCUGUCGGCCGUUGAGAGCCUCGAGAACGACUUCCACAACCUGUACCUGAAUUCCUACGCCAGAGACAGUCACUCCCUUUCGGAACCAAGGGCAAGCACCAGCGCGUGUGCGCCGACGGAGCAAUGGGGCAGUGAGACCGAUUAUUCCGCAAGUAAUCCGACUGAGCUGGAUUCGGCGAAUGAGGAUACAGAAGAGAAAAGAAAAACCAAGGGAAAGGGUUCAAGACGGCGCCCUAGGACGUCCCGGAAGGAGACGGGCACGGUGUGGGAGUUCUGCCGGCAGCUGCUGCACAGCCCGAGCACGUGCCCGAGCCUGAUCCGGUGGGAGGACCCCGCGGCCGGCCGCUUCCGGCUGGUGGACAAGGACGAGGUGGCCAAGCUGUGGGGCGAGGUCAAGGGCAAUCGGGCCAUGAACUACAGCAAGCUGAGCCGCGCCAUGAGGUAUCAGUACAAGAUAAAAACCCUUAGGUGCGAGAAGAAAAAGCUGGAGUACAGUUUCGGGGAGAACGCGGACGGGUGGCGGACGGAGAGCCCGAACUUUUCGCUGUUGGAACGGCGCGCGUCGCGGGAGCAGCUGGACGAAAAUAACUGAAAUAUGAUAUAUUUAUUGAUAGGACUGAUUGCAGUGAUGCCUUUAUGUGAAAAAGGAUAAAUCGAAAUUGUGAUCAACAAAGUUGGAGGAAGUUAUCCUGAUCUGCUGUGACAUACAACACAAAUGCCAAAAUUUGCAUAAUCGCAGUAAGUUACCUGGCAAACUGAUCUCCCUUCAAAAGGUUUCCACGGGACUCGGCAGACAGUGACUCGCAAAUAAGUUUUGGCAAACAUUCCAUGACCAAAUCAACGUAUUUUACUUCGCAUGCGUCAUCUAUCUAUCUGUACCAUCUCAGUCGAUGUUAUUCUCAUGAUAACUGCAUUUAAUUCAAUUUGCUACGUUUAAGCACGGGGCUAACAGAUCUAGUCGUAUGAAGAGGUUAAUUCCCUAACAGGAAAAAAAUAAAUCCUAAGAAAAUGUGCCACCAUUUUGCGCACUUCGCUUGGCUGUCUCGUGCUUUAAACCUCUGAGCCAACUGGUCGGAGGGCGACGCGGUCACACACACACACACACACACACACAGUUAAAUUCACGUGGAUCAUCCUUAUGACAGCCAUGCUAUGUAAUUAGAUUAUCAAAAUAAAUGUUUAACAUAGCCUAAAUGCAGAAAACAAAAUUAUGAAGAAAUAACAUGUAGAAAAAGGAAAGUAGGAAAUUCUGCCCCACUCUCGUUAUUAUUAUCUUUUCUUAGUUAACAAAUAUAAUCGGUAGGAGAAAGGAGGAUUUAAAUCAGUUCGUAAAAGAGAAUAUUCCUUAAUUAUUUUCUUAUAUUUACCAUUGUUAAAAUUUUAAAAGCACAAUAUCACUUGUUUUUUAUCAUCAUAGUUAUGUUUCUAUGACCAAUGUGCCUUAACAGAGAGAUCAAAUCAAGCUCAUGAGCCUUAUUAAGAGAGCGAAGGCAGGCUACUUACAGGAAGUAAAUCAAAAUGCAGGGUUUCUUGGCUUUAGGCGAACAAGUAUUGUUUAUACAAUAUUGUCAGCUUUGAAGGUCAUGUCGAGGGACUGUAAUUUAGAAAGAAUAUGAUACUUUUUCAUAUUUCAAAAAAAAUCCCGACAUGAUAUUAUUUUCUUCGAAUU